AUGGCGACUACCAACGACCUCCCGUCGCUCGAUGUCAACAGCUACGACUACAUUGUCGUCGGCGGUGGCACAGCAGGCUGUGUCAUUGCCGCUCGUUUGGCCCAGUAUCUCCCCAACAAGCGCACGCUGGUCAUCGAGGGUGGUCCUAGCGACUUUACCGAUGAUCGAGUACUCAACUUGAAGGAGUGGUUGAACCUGCUCGGCGGCGAGCUCGACUAUGAUUACCCUACUACUGAACAACCCAACGGUACGUUCCCCCCAACAUUCUUCUUUGCGAACCUCGUCUGCGGCCCGAUUCACAAUGCUCACAUCCUCUGCUACGUUACCACUACGACAGGCAACAGCUUCAUCCGUCACUCCCGCGCCAAGGUGCUGGGCGGCUGCUCCAGUCACAAUACACUCAUCUCCUUCCGCCCCUUCGAGUAUGAUUGCAAGACCUGGGUCGCCAAGGGCUGCAAGGGCUGGGACUUUGAAACCUUCACUCGCAUGAUCGAUGGUCUGCGCAACACUUUCCAGCCCGUGCACGCCCGUCAUCGCAACCAGCUCUGCAAGGACUGGAUCCAAGCCUGCUCCACCGCGAUGAACAUCCCCGUGAUCGAGGACUUCAAUGCCGACAUUCGUGAAAAGGGCGAGCUGACCGAGGGCGUGGGCUUCUUCAAUGUCUCGUACAACCCGGAUGACGGCCGUCGCAGCAGCGCCUCCGUUGCCUACCUCCACCCCAUCAUCCGUGGCGAUGAGAAGCGCCCCAACUUGACCAUCCUCACCAAUGCCUGGGUCUCCAAGGUCAACGUGGAGGGGGAUCGGGUCACUGGGGUCAACGUCACUCUGCAGUCGGGCGUGAAGCACACUCUUCGCGCCAAGAAGGAGACCAUUCUCUGCGCCGGUGCCGUCGACACUCCUCGUCUGAUGAUGCUCUCCGGUCUGGGACCCAAGGAGCAAUUGUCUUCCUUGGGCAUCCCCGUCGUCAAGGACCUCCCCGGUACCACCAUGGACUCGGACGCCGGCAUUUUCCUGCGCCGUGAACCCGCCAACGCGGCCGGAUCCGACGGCCGGGCUGCCGACAUCAUGAUGCACUGCUACCAGAUCCCCUUCACCCUCAACACCGCCCGCCUCGGCUACGACGAGCCCAUUAACGCCUUCUGCAUGACCCCCAACAUCCCCCGCCCGCGCUCCCGUGGCCGUCUGUAUCUGACCUCCGCCGACCCCUCCGUGAAGCCCGCGCUGGAUUUCCGCUACUUCACCGAUCCCGAGGGCUACGACGCCGCCACCAUCGUCGCCGGUCUCAAGGCCGCCCGUAAGAUCGCCCAGCAGUCCCCCUUCAAGGAGUGGAUCAAGCGCGAAGUGGCGCCUGGUCCGGACGUUCAGUCUGACGAGGCGCUGUCCGAGUACGGCCGUCGGGUCGCGCACACCGUGUACCACCCGGCCGGUACCACCAAGAUGGGCGACGUGACUCGUGACCCCAUGGCGGUGGUCGACCCGACCCUCAAGAUCCGCGGCCUCAAGGGUGUUCGAAUCGCGGAUGCCGGUGUCUUCCCAGACAUGCCCACCAUCAACCCCAUGCUCACAGUUCUGGCGAUCGGUGAGCGUGCUGCCGAAUUGAUUGCGGAAGAGGCUGGCUGGACUCGCUCGCAGCCUCGUCUGUAA